AUGGCGGAUGUUUUAAAAGACUGCAUUUCGAAUUUGAAGACAUUAAUCCGUAAUUCACACUCUCUUGGAGAACAAUUAGAGUCCAUCAAUGUUUUAGUAUUGGCUAUUAACAGAUAUGCAGCAGAUCCCAUGUCUUCUAUGAUAACAAAUGACUGUGGUACUGAUAUUAGCAGUCUAUAUGAUGUCACAAUAACAGAUGGAGCACUGAAGAUGAAGUGUGUAUUCUCACCAAAUCUCAAUGAGAAGAUUCAGAGAUAUGAGAUCUGUGUUGGGAGUCUGGUGACACUGGAAGAGUGCGAGUUGAAGGUCAGCGAGACUGACCUUGACCUGGACAGUGUCGUGGUCAUAAAUAGUGUGACGGUGAUACCAUGUGACCUGCUGUGGCAUAGGGUAAUACCAGAGAGACUUGAGUGGCAUUCUUCUGCCACAGAGAAAGAGAAGGCAGAUAUACCAUUGCUGGCCAAUAGAGGGAGCUACCUGUCUACGUGGAAUGUCAGUGAUCCCAGUGGCAGGUUAUGGCAGGGAAAUGCAUGUCCCAGUUUCAUUCCCAGUGGUCACAGUGACGCUGUAACAGUGAAGGAGCUGGCACAGCAGUGGAAAUCACUGAAGCGCCCUCUAUCUGCCAUCAUAGUCAGAGUGCUCUGUAAAUCGAGGCUGCAGUCGUAUCCUAGGCCAGGGAAGACAGACAAGUGGCCUUAUCAGGCAUAUUUUGAGGUUGCUGACAGAAGCGGAGCCUGUACUGUAAUUCUGUGGAAUUCACUUUGUCCUGAGCUUUACAAAAGCAUCCAGGAGGGCUCUGUCCUGCGCCUCGGGAACUACAGAGUGAGGGAGCGGUUCCAGAUGCACACACGCCCCUCGCUUCGUAACAAUGAUCUGGAGCAGUUUGAUAUCGAGAUCAAUGUGAACAAGCACCACCCCGUUGGCGAGGUACAGAUGGUUCCCCUGGCCUGUGUGGACCAAAACUGGCACCUGCCUGACUUAAAGUACAGUUUUGCUAAUAGGAGGCAGCUAGGGAGCCUCCCAGAAGAUAGCAAUGUAGACAUAUGUGGUAUUAUCACUUACAUAUCAAGGUACUGCAGACUGAGAAGGAAAGGGACAGGGUGUGAGGGAGGGUUUUGGACAAUGCGUUGGUUACAUGUUCACGAUGAAAGCAGCAGGCAGCCUGUGAUAGUCCAGCUGUUUUCAACUUCUCAGCCUGAAUCUCAUGCCCGUCUGGCCCCUGGUCAGAUGUUGGUGUGUACACAGAUGAGGGUGAUGCAAGGACAGCUCCACACAUCUUAUCAACAGAGAUUUAUGUAUGUGACCACCACUAAUGAAUCUCAGGUAUAUACGACUGGGGACCACCACAGAGGGCAAUAUAUGACCUGUCCACAGGUCAAGGCUGUCAUCCAGUGGUGUCAGAGGUCAGAGGUCAGGGACAUGGUUUCCAUGGCAACAGUUGGUGGUUACUAUGACUACCCUCCACUGCCAUAUACUCUUUUGGAAUAUAAAAACUUGUUUAAUGAGGAAAAACCAUUGAGGGUAACAACCAGUGACAACCUAGAGACAGAGCUGAGGGAUCUCUACUACAGGGAACAGAAGAGAACCACAUUUCAGGGACUGAUAGUACAGGUGAAAUAUGUACCCCUAGACCACACCGGAACUGGAGAGGGAGAGGAGGAGGGGGAUGGAACGAUGGAGGAGAGUGAAUUCACACCAGUGGCAAGCAGGCUCAGGUCCAAGAGAAAACUCAGCCCUGCUGUGGCAGCCAUGUCUCCUUCAAAAGCAACAAAGACAUCACCUGGGCAAGCUUCAAAAAAUUCUCCGCCCAAGACUACAGGGAGGUCAACGAAGAAGGCACAGUCACCUUCCAAAGGGAAAAAGACGUCACCGAAAAAAUCGGGCUCUAGAGAAGUACAAGACCAAUCAGCAGCUGUGGACAGGGAGAAUGAAUUAUCGUCUGAAGCAGUGGUAGAGCAGCUGGUGGUUGUAGACCCAGUAUGGCAGAGACUGCAGGCUGUUGUGACUGUCCUCGGCUCCACCAGGUGUCAGCACUCUACACCAGUACUCCACAGUGACAUGAGUGCAGUUGAAUUGAAGAAAAUUAUAGGGCUGCCACCUGAUCACUUCUCACCAGCAGACUUUGAGGAUUUCUCUUACUCUGAUUUAAAAAGGCCAUCAUAUGGAGGGCAUCUUGUAGUGACAAUAUUAGGGCUCAAUGAAAGAGUAGCUGUGAACACCAUAGUCCUUUUACCACCCCACCUUUCACAACACCAAAACUUUACAGACCUCUUGGCAGGCAAAUUGGAUAAAAGCAAAACUGGUAGAAAUGAAAGUGAAACUGAUGAAAAUGAAAGUGAAAGUGAUAGGUCACCCACAUUACAGCAGUUGAUGGACAGUGCCAGAGCAGUGCAGGGAAGGAGGGUGGUGUGUGUGAUGGACUUGUACUCUCUUGGAGAGGGAGAAGAGGUGGAAGUGAUACUGAACAGAGGCUUUAUAGCUUCUUGAUAAGAAACUGACCU